AUGCAGGUGGCCUACAAGCCUAUUCAGAAGCCCGAAGUGGGAGUGAAUAACUACCAAGGCUUCACACCUGGCAAGACGGAAGUGCUCCGCAAAGGCGCGAAACCGCACAACGCCCGCCCUCUCGAGUCUGACAUUCAGAUCGACCAUGAUGUUGAGAUUGUGGUCAGAGAUGGAUGCCGGCUCUACGUCGACAUCUACAGACCCGCGGACGUUCCAGCAGAAGAGAAGCUACCGGCUGUGAUCAGCUGGUCGUGCUACGGCAAGAAGUACUCCGCCCUACACAUGCUUCCUAUUUGCGUUUGGAAUUGUUGUGUACCGAACGAGGCCCUCAGUGGGUUGGAGAAGUUCGAAGGUCUUGAUCCGGUUGUAUGGUGUCCGCGUGGGUAUGCAAUCGUCUCGGUAGAUUCUCGUGGCACUGGUAACAGCGACGGCUCCAUACCAAUUAUGGGAUCUCAAGACGCGGAAGACUGUUACGAUGUCAUUGAAGCCAUCGCAACAAUGCCAUGGAGUAAUGGCAAAGUAGGCAUGGCCGGCAAUAGCGCCUUGGCUAUCAUCCAAUGGCACGUUGCCUCUUUACGCCCACCACAUCUCGCUGCGAUUGCCCCUUGGGAAGGGUCCGGCGAUAUAUACCGCGAGCAGUUCUGCCGAGGAGGUGUGUUCAGCAUGUCGAACUUCGAUCUCAUCACCCACUUUAUCAUCAAGACAAACAACCCCGGUGGUGGCAUCGAAGACUUCGCUGAGAUGUAUCGUCGAUCGCCGGUCUCGAACGCAUACUGGAGUGACAAGCGACCUGAUAUGACCAAGAUUGAAGUUCCUGUGUUCAUUAGUGGAAGUGACUUCUCUAGUAUACACACCAUGGGAGCCGUACGAGGAUGGCUUGAAGUGCCUCACGAUAAGAAAUGGAUUCGAUGGAGUUCGCACCAGGAAUGGUUCGAGCUUUACUGCGAUCCUCACGCCGACAAGGAACUUCACAGCUACUUCGACAAAUAUCUUCGAGGUGUUGAGAACAAUUGGGAGAAGAUGUCAAGAGUGCGAUGGUCAGCACUCCAGUUUGGUGAUCGAGAGGCCAUCGAUGGCAUCGAAUUCUCGGACUUCCCGGUGCCGGAGACGCAGUACAAGGAUUUCCAUCUUACUAGCGCUGGCUUGACAGAGCAACCACCUUCCAACACUGAGAUUAUCAGCUACAACUCAGAAGACUCUAAGUCGAUCGCCGAAUUCUCAUACAAGUUUGCGCAAAAGUCGCGACUCAUUGGUCUCCCAAAGGCAGUUCUGUACAUGUCAGCACCGUCGCACGACGACAUGAACGUUUAUGUCAUUCUGCGCAAGCGAGACAAGAACGGCAAGCUGCUCAUGCACCUCUGCUUUCCGUUCUCGGCUAUUCCCUCGGCUUACAAGAGCAUUGAUGAUAUCCCGGAGAAAGAACGCGCAAGUUUGAACUUGCAUCUAGGCAGUGUUGGUGUGCUCCGUGCCAGUCAUCGUGCGUUUGACCCAGCACGAAGCAUCCACGAGCAGUUCCCGUUUCACCCGCAUGACAAGGAGGAAAAGAUUAAACCCGGUGAGAUCGUGAAGCUGGAAAUUGGUAUCUGGUCAAUGGGCGUGGAUUUUGACGAGGGCGAGUCAAUAAGCGUUCAGGUCUCUGGGGAGUUUCCUUCCAUAGCAGAGUAUACUUCGUUCUCGACACCGCGACCAGAAAGUGAGAAGAACAAGGGUGAGCAUCGGAUACAUGUUGGGUCAGAGACGCCGAGCAGGAUCAUACUGCCCUUCAUUCCUUUGUAG